AUGCAAACUCUUGUGUGGGAUAUGGCUGCUGCGUGGCCGUUCACACUUUCCGAAGAUUGCCUGACUAUCAACGUUGUGAGGCCUUCUGGAUAUACCAAAGAUGCGAAGCUUCCCGUCGGUGUCUUCAUUCAUGGAGGCGGCUGGACAAUGGACUACAGCGCCAAUGGCGUCUACAAUCUGAGUUUCAUUGUAAAUGAGUCUGUCAAAAUAAGCAAACCAAUCAUUGCGGUUUCUUUUGACUACAGACUCUCCGCGUGGGGAUUCCUUGCCAGUCAGGAUGUACUUGAUGCUGGUGUUGCAAAUCUCGGCUUGAAAGAUCAGCGGCUUGCAUUGAACUUCAUCAAAGAAAACAUCGCGGCGUUUGGCGGAGAUCCUGAAAAGGUCGUCAUCUGGGGCGAAAGCGCUGGGGGAGGCAAUGUAUGGUACCAGACAACCGCCUAUGGUGGAAGAGAUGACGGUCUGUUCCGUGGAAUCAUCGCAGAAAGUGGUGCCGAAGGAACACAACCGAAGAACUUAACCGCGCCGACUGUACGAUACAAUAACAUUACUCGCUUUGUUGGGUGUGAUACAGCGGCGGACAAACUUGCGUGCCUGCGAUCGGUUCCAUUCGAGACUCUUAAUUAUGCUAUCACCAAUCUCACCUCAACAAGCUUUUACCCAAUCGUCGAUGGAGACUUCAUUCCAGACUACUCGUCAAAUCUUCUCGCAGAGGGCAAAUUCACCAAGACACCUCUGCUUGCGGGCACAAAUAGCGAUGAGGGUACUUUGUUCACAGCCACGCCGGUUGACUCAGAUGCGAUCAUCGCGGCCAACAUCAAGUCUUUGGGACCAGAUGCCAAUACUACUACCAUUCUCAUGUCGCUAUACCCGAACGUCGACUCUCUUGGCCUACCUUCAGCAUAUCAAACUACUCCAGGCGCAUCCGUUGGUAGUCAGUACAAGCGGGCGAUUGCUCUCUCUACAGACCAGCUGUUCUUGUCACAGAGAAGAUCGAAAACCGAUGCUUGGGCAAAGGCUGGAGUGGAUACAUAUGCCUACUUGUUUGAUUCUCCUCUGUCAGGACGUCCGGCUUCGUUCGGCACUUCGCAUUUCGCCGAGAUAGGAUACGUUUUCUACAAUACUCUUAGCUUAGGAUACGCAUCAGGACAGAGCCCUCUGGAAAAUGCCACCGGGCCGGUAUUGGAGCUGGCGAAGCUGGUCUGUCAUAUGUGGGUCAGCUUCAUCCACGACUUGGACCCAAAUAACCACGAUAUUGCUACCGCUGAGAAGUGGCCGACUUACAAUGCUACUGGCGGUUAUGGUCAAGUCUUUUAUUUCCACCCAUCGGGUGUCAGCAAGGAACAAUAUGGAAGGUAA